CCAAAACCAGAUGUUGAAAGUAAAGCUAUAGGAACAAAGUCUGACAAUCAAUGGGACGAUGACUGGGGAAAUGAAGAUGACACAAAGUCAAAUGUUUCAGAUCAAAUUGUUAUUCUGACAGAAAAGUCUUCUAAUCUCUUUGAGUCUAAGUCUGAUGCAUCUUCUCAAUUUAUUGAAGAUGAUGUGCAUUUUCAACCAAAGCCCGAAGCAGAAAAGAAAGAUGUUGAAACAAAAUCUGACAACCAAUGGGACGAUAACUGGGGAAAUGAAGAUGACACAAAAUCAAGUGUUCCAGUCCAAAUUAUUUCAUCAGCUGAUAAGCCUUCCACUGGAUUCUUUGGGUCAAAAUCUGAUCCAUCUUCUCAAUUGAUCAAAGAUGAUGUGCGUUCUCAACCAAAGCCCGAAGCAGAAAAAAAAGCUGAAACACAAUCUGACAAUCAGUUAUUGAACAACGAUGACUGGAACGAUGACUGGGGUAAUUAUGAUGAGGAUUCAAAACCGAAUGUCUCCGCACUUGGCAAGAGCGAACCUACUGUCGAUUCUAACGCUCAACCAAAACUUCAAACGAGUGAACUGAAAGAAGUGAAAGCUAAGGAGGAUAAACCAAUUUUAGUGAAGAAAACUAAAUCUAAAGUUACUUCUACUGCUAAACUGUUCAGCAGCAGUACCAGCACUCAAUUGAAAGCUCCUGUUAAAAGCAAAAAUGAAUGGGCCAAUGAUGACUGGGGCAAUGACUGGGACGAUUUUGAGCCUUUAACCCUAAGUGACAGACGCAGCUCUGCUCAAACUGACCUGUCCAUUGACUCUGACUGGAGUGCUGAUUGGGAGGUUAAGCCUAAACCCAAAGUUCAAAAGCACCCUAAACCUUCGCCUUCUACCACUUUUCCGCGAGCUUCAAAAAGCAUCAGUGAUGAUCAUUUCAUAUCAAAUCAGCAGCUGAAACCGACUCCCUCAUCGUCAUCAACCAGUGAUUCGCAGAUCAUGAACGAUCAACAGUCUGUCAUGCAAAAUCAGUACAAGCCUACACUUAGCCAGCAACAAACUGGUGAGGCUUCAGGUGCAUCUUGGUUUUCUGACUUUCGAUCUGCAACUCGAACUGCUGCUCUCACUACUGUGACUCACGCUGUGAACCGGUGGUCUUUCAAUCCCACUAAUAUUCUCGAUGCUGUUGUGGAAAACAUCAGUAGUGCAGUUGGUGUUCCUUCGGCCGAAGAAAUGGCAACCGUUAUGCGACAACAGCAACAUCAGAUUCGGCACACUUUUGUCGAGCAUGAUCAUGUUAUCCGUAAAAGAGAAGCAAUAGAGAACUUGCGCAUCAAAUACUUCUACGAUGAUAGUGUUCAAAAAAUUACGAUUGAAAAAUUUCAAAUCAUCAAUAAUACAGUAUUACCUGAGGCAAUCACUUACUGGCAACAAGCUUUAUCAGUGAAGCCUUUUGGAGUGCCUAUCAAAUUAAACAGAAAAUGCCUCAACGAUCAUUCACUAUAUCCUGAAUUUAGUUACAAUCAUCAGUACUGCAUCAAUGAUUGUGAAGCCUACACUCUUUGUGGCGAAGUAGUCAUUCCAGAGAGUCACUUGCAGGAAUGUCGAGUUUGCAAAAGCAACGGGGAAGACUGCAAGGUGAUGCCUCCUCAGUUUCCAGAACGAGGUAUUCCAGAUGCGGAUUUUGUUUUUUACAUUUCCACCAUGCAAACGGACCGAUGCAGCAAAGGUAACACCAUUGCCUAUGCUGCUCACUGUCAACAAGAGACUGCUUUUAACCGUCCAAUUGCCGGCCAUGCAAAUAUUUGUCCCAAUUCCAUUUCGACAAAGCCACAAGAUCUCGAAACUUUGAUAUCAACUUUUAAACAUGAGAUUUUACAUGCUCUCGGGUUUUCUGUUUCUCUGUACGCAUUUUAUCGUGAUAAGAAUGGAAACGCUUUCAGCGGUUCUAUGAGCAAGCUUGUAAACUCCUCUCAGAGUCCAAGUUUUACAAGCGAUGGAUCUUCAAUACAUCGAAUCAGUAGAAAAAUAUUACGUAAAGUGAUUCGACCAAAAUGGAAAGUCCGGGGUGGAGCAAUUGACCAUGCUGUUUUUGUCAUUUCCACCCCCAAUGUCAUUAAUGAAGUUCGGGACCAUUUUAACUGUUCACUUCUUGAAGGGGCAGAACUAGAAAACCAAGGCGAGGAUGGCACUGCGUUGACUCAUUGGGAGAAAAGACUGUUUGAGAAUGAAGCAAUGACCGGUACACACACUCAAAACCCCGUGUAUUCGCGAAUCACUUUAGCACUGAUGGAGGAUACUGGCUGGUACAAGGCCAACUACUCACUUGCCCAGCCUUUGGAGUGGGGCAAGAACCUGGGUUGUGAUUUUGCAAUGAGAAGCUGUAAGGACUGGAUGGACUUGAAACGUUCUCGCGGUGAGAGUAUUCACCCAUUCUGCGACAAAGUGAAGAAGGACCCACUGCAAACUGAAUGUACCGAUAAUCGUGAUUCAGUGGCACUGUGCAAUCUUCGAGAAUACGAACAAAAAGUUGAACAACUUUUCCAAAACUUUGACUACAUUCCCAACGUCAAAAACGAAUCACUGCCAUUGUACGGCGGCUCUGUGGCACUGGCCGACUAUUGUCCUUAUAUUCAAGAGUUUACGUGGAAACUGAACGAAGAAGUUGUGAGAGGCUCCAAGUGCUCCUUUACUGAAAACAACCCACAACCAGAGAAAAAUUUUGCUCUUGAACAAUACGGUCCCAACUCAAAGUGUUUUAAUCAUAACGAGGAAAUGUGGGAGGAGAGAAACUGUUAUGAGAUUCGACAAUGGCAACACUGGGGUUCAGGCUGUUAUCAAUACCGCUGCUUUGACGGGUUGGUUCAUGUGCUGAUCAACAAUCAGACGUUCACUUGCCUGCACGAGAACCAUGAAAUCAAAAUUCAACUUUUCUUCGGCAAUUGGCUUCACAGGGGCACCAUUGUCUGCCCUAAAUGCUCAGAGCUCUGUGAGGCAUGCAAGCAACUGGACAAUGAAACAGUGGCAGAACUAAAGAAACGAGAGAAACCGGCGAAACAGUAUCUCAAAUGCUCAUCCUGCCUUGCGAGCUCACCAUUUUUAACU